UUGGAACCAUUUGACUAUUACUCCAUGCCAGCAUUGUCCGAGUUGGAUGACUUCGAUUUGUGUUUGAGGAAACCUAACUCUUUAUAUUGCAUUGUGGACUUCGAACUGCUAGAAGAUGACACGCCUUUGUACGAAUACAUCAAAAAUUUCUCAACGCUCUCGUACAAGAACUACAAGCAUACAAAAUUACAUAGAGGAGUAUGUGGGUCGGAACAUUGUGGUCUGAAUCACACGCACGCCAAUGCUAGUGAAGCUACCACAAAGUCUCUGAAGGAAUGCUUCAAUAGAACUAUUCAUCAAGGAUAUGGAUUACAGGUAGAUACUCUAUCAGUAAGAUAUUGCAAGACCCAAAACGACCACAUACCAGUCGAUGCAUUGGACUAUAUAAUAGGAGCAAUACUCUUGCUAUUGCUCUUUGUAAACCUUGGAUGUUCGGCGUAUUACUUCUUAUGGCCACCAGACGAUGGUGAAGGUAAUCGAUUCAUGUUGGCUUUCUGCGUGCAAAAGAACUGGAAAGCUUUAAAACAUGGAGGUAGUGCGGAAGGUGGGCUCUUUAAAUGUUUUCAAGCUAUGAGAUUUUACACUAUGGUGAUGAUCCUUGGCCUGCAUUCAAUGAUUUUCAUCGGCUACGGAUACACUGAAAAUCCAGAAUUCAUUGAGAAGUCCUACGACGAGUUCUUCAAAUCCCUUCUUUUCAAUGCCCGAGUGAUCGUUCAGAUCUUCUUCGUGAUGGGAGGAUUCCUGAUGGCUUACAAGAUGAUGGUGUAUGCUGAAACUCAUCAGUUCACUCUAAAAACUGUUCCUAUGGCAAUCGUCAAUCGAUGGUUCAGGUUAAUGCCAGCAGUUCUCGUGGUGAUGGGAUUGGCAAUGACUUGGGUGCCGCAUCUGGGUUCAGGCCCAAUGUGGGACGCGGUGGUCAAACGUGAGCGAGAUAUAUGCAGAAGCAACUGGUGGCAACUGGUGAUUUUGAUGCCGAAUCUCUUCCCAUUUGAACAUCUGUGCUUGCCACAGGCUUGGUACCUCGGAACUGACACGCAGCUUUUCUUCAUAACCUUAAUAGUUCUGCUCAUCAUCUGGAAGUGGCCGAAGACUGGGGUUCCUAUCCUAUCAAGUGUCAUGGUCAUCAGUCUCAUCAUACCAUUCUUACAAAGUUACUUCAUGAAUCUACUACCCAUCAGAGUCAGCAUCUUUCCGGAAUCCAUAAGAGACAUUUUUGGCUACAACGAUACAUUCUAUCAUGCUUACGUUUCUGCACAAGGGAAUUGGGCUGGCUACCAUCUCGGAGUCCUGACUGCCUGGUUCUAUCAUAAGGCACAGACUAAAAAAUGGGACUUAGGUGAAUCUUGGCUUUUGAAGCUUAUGUGCUUAGUUUCUAUCCCAGUUGCACUCGGAACAGUUCUCAUGGGCUGGGACUUACACGAUCGAGAGGCGUCAGCUUUUGAAGCAGCCGUGUUCAACACUUUGAACCAGAACUUCUUCGCAUUGGCAAUUUGUGUAUUUAUCAUUGGAUACUUCUAUAAAUGUAACAAAGUCUACGUAAAUGCAGUGGAAUGGGGACCUUUACAACCACUUGGCAGAAUGUCCUACUGCGCUAUGUUAUUACACGCGACAGUCCUCAGGACUUAUGGAGGUCAAAUGAGAAGAUCUUUUUAUGCUACAGAUUAUACUGCUAUAAUGCUCUUCGCCGGUAUCGUUUGCACAACAUACUUAUGGUCCUUGCCUCUAUAUCUCUUCGUGGAAGCACCAUCGUGUCAAGUACAAAAGAUUCUGUUUGGGCAAAAAAGACAAAAGCAAGAACGUGAAAACGGCACUCCAUCUUGUGUUAAGCCUGGAAUUUCAAGCGUAUCAGUGUCAACUAUUUCAACACAUAUCUAAAGACUUGUUAUUUUUAUAUUUUCUAUUUUUAUUGCUAAUAUAAGUUUAUUUCAUCUAAGUUCUUUUUCAU